AAAAAGAAGCUAACUCUUGUUCUCUUUACUUCCUUUCCACGAUAUACAGUCGGGAAGUGAAAACCAACCUGUUGUCGCCAUUCUAUUAUACAAUUCCUCUCCGCACAUCGCAUUCAUUACUUGAUCGAUUCAAAUUCGUGAGUAUGUCUAAGUCGUUGGAUCUUCCUCCUAAGGGUGGUUUCAGUUUCGAUCUUUGCAGAAGAAAUGAUAUGCUCCAAAACAAGGGUCUUAAACCCCCUUCUUAUUUGAAGACUGGAACCACUAUUGUUGGUUUAGUUUUCCAGGAUGGUAUCAUUCUUGGAGCAGAUACCAGGGCAACUGAAGGACCUAUAGUCGCUGAUAAAAAUUGUGAGAAAAUUCAUUAUAUGGCACCCAACAUAUAUUGUUGUGGAGCGGGCACUGCCGCUGAUACAGAGGCUGUAACAGACAUGGUUAGCUCACAGCUGCAACUACAUCGCUACCAUACUGGUCGAGAAUCAAGAGUUGUUACUGCGCUGACUCUUCUUAAGAGACACCUUUUCAAUUACCAAGGUCACGUCUCAGCUGCAUUAGUCCUUGGUGGGGUUGACAUCACUGGACCACAUUUACAUACGAUCUAUCCACAUGGGUCAACUGACACCCUUCCAUUUGCUACAAUGGGAUCAGGUUCACUUGCUGCAAUGUCUGUAUUUGAGUCUAAAUACAAGGAAAGUUUGAGUAGGGAUGAAGGAAUUAAGAUAGUUGUUGAGGCAAUAUGUGCUGGUAUAUUCAAUGACUUGGGAAGUGGAAGUAAUGUUGAUGUUUGUGUGAUAACCAAGGGACAUAAGGAAUAUCUAAGGAAUCACCUCCUGCCAAAUCCUCGUACAUUUGUCAAUCCAAAAGGCUUUACCUUCUCCAAAAAGACUGAGGUUCUCUUAACAAAGAUUACACCAUUGAAGGAGAAAGUUGAAGUAAUUGAAGGAGAUGCUAUGGAAGAGUAGUGAAAUUGGUCUGCGUCUGAAACUUGAUUAGUGCAGGGCUUGUGAUAUUUGUAAUUGUACUUUCAGAAGCUUGGUUUUUAUUUACCUAAAAUAAUUUAUAAUUUCAUUAGAUCGUUGCAAGUUAUUAACCAAAAAUUUCAUCAUUUGGAAGGUCUCUUUGUCAACUUAUUUCCAUGUUUCCCUAAGAAAUUGCUCAACAGUAUACAACAAAAUACCUAGCAAGUAGCAAGACAUGGCAAGUUACCUAGCAUGUUAUGUAGGUUUCACAUGAUUAAAAUUGUAGUUUAGUCUAAAUUAUUUUGGCUGUAUGAGUUUGUUUACUGAGAUAUUACAAAAGACUCCCUUGCCCUAAAA